GGGCGGGGCGUGUGCAGAAACCUCACAGAGUUUGCGCGCGUGUUCUGCAGCAACUGAACCCGGUCCGAGGAGGCACUGAGGCACUGCCUAGAUUCCUCCGCCUUUUUUCUUGCUCGAAAUGGCAUCGCCGGAGGAUGUUGGAGCGAAAAGGCAAAUGUUUUAUGAUAUCGAGUGUGUAAUAGAGGAUUGCGAUACUGAAGUUGGAUACAAGCCUCUGUCAGACAGCGAUGAGCUCGACGAUUCGGCAGCGGAGGAGGAACCGCGCGAAGAAGAUAUUGGUUCCUCUGAAGAAUGGGAGCCUCUCAUACGUUCAAAACUAAAGAGGAGCGCAUCCUCCUCGCCUUCGCCAUCCUUACCACGACGAAGAGGACGACCACCUAAAAAUGCUUUGAGGCCUUCCCCGACGGCACCAGUGAUGGACAUUACACCUAAACCUAAACCAGCUUUCUCUUUACCUCGACGGAGAGGCCGACCCCCUAAAGACAAAUCUAAAAUCAAACUCUUUUCUAAUCCCUCUUCGUUUGCCACGAUAGUCCCCAAACCCCCACCGUUUGCCACACUGAUCCCUAAUUCUGCAUCCGGCAUUCAAUUCGGCCCUAAUUCUACAUCCACGUUUACACUGGGCUCUAAUUUCACUCCUAUUAAACUGAGCCCUAAUUCUACGCCCAUACUCAUCCCCAAUGCCACAUCCACUUUUAAUCUCAGCCCGAACUCCUCAUCCGCUUCGAAUCCGACACCGAUAGCCACACUCGUCUGUACACCCACAUCAACGGGGCUGCGGUUGGAUGGGGACGCCAACGACAUCAAGACGGUGAAGGAAGAGAAUGUGGAUGCUCGUGAAGAAUGGCCAGUUCCACAGGAAGAAAGCCUUGAGUUUUCAGAAGCACCGAAUGCAAAGAGACAUCGACUCUUAUCCACAUUCCCUUCCGCCGCCAUGACACAACAGACUAGCCCUAGUCCUCUGACUGACCUUGCACCCAGUGCCACUUCUGAUCAUGCAACCACUUCUCAAAUGAUCACUAAACUCAGCUUUCAACCCAUUCCCACAAGCACUGGUGAACCAUUGACCUCUAUACCCAUCCCACAACAUGAACCCACCCCUAGUCCUGCACCCAUCCGGCCUCGGGUCGACAGCGACAUCAACAGUGACCAUGAUGUUGUCUUUCACGACAGCGAUGGGAUCAGUGAUUCAGAAAGGGAAGAGGAUCUGUGGGAGGAAGAUGUUGAUUCUGAGGAGGAUUGGAACCUUCUACUGGAAAGUUCACCUGCUCAAUCACAACGGAGAUGCGAAUCCCCUACACCUACCUCACCACGAGGCAAACUCACUGUUUCCCCUCCCGAAUCAUCUCCUGAAGCCACAGCCACCACUGAACCCACCAUUAAACCUGCCCCUGAAGCCACUUCCACAACCCUUAAUAAUUCCACUCUUGAAGCCACACCAAUCCCUUGUCCAUUACCAACCUUACCGCGACGGAGAGGCCGGCCUCGUAAGCAUCCUUUAAAACCCACCCUCACACCUGAACCUACCUCUACACCGGCUGCUGAUUCGACUCCCAAAGCCAUCUCUGAUCCCACCCUAACGUCAAGUUUGGAGCCCGCGUUCUCCACCAACUCCAAACCCAAUCCAGAUCCCGCAUCUACCUCUGAAGUUAUCCCUCAACCGACUUCUUCAGAGAGAUUAAAGCCUGCUGCAACUUCUUCACCAAGUCAAAUAGAAAAUUACAGUGAGCCAGAUAAGUGGCUUGACAUCAACGAUGAGGAUGAGGAACCGGUACUACCGGAUUUCUCCCCUAAGCGUCCUCCAGGUCCGCAGCUCAUGACGGACUCAACGUACACACCCUUACAGUUGUUCCAAUUGUUUUUCACCAGAUCUACCAUCAAGACAAUCGUCAAAAACACCAAUAGCAAUGCCGAAAAGAGGGAACAAGCUGGAAAGAAGCUAGAAAGUACCACCUGGGUACCUCUAACCAUAGCCGAGUUUUACUCAUAUUUGGCGUUAGUAGUCUACAUGGGUCUAGUGAAACUGAAGUCUUUUGCGGACUACUGGGCUCAAAAGCAAAUGUACAAUUUCCCCUACCCACAAUCCGUCAUGCCCCAAGCAAGGUUUCAAGCCAUCUCCUUGAAUCUUCACCUUUGUGAUCUUCAGGAAGAUGAGGAGAACAACAAAAAGAAAGGCACCCCAGGUUAUGACAGACUGUUUAAAAUCAAGCCCCUUUAUACAGACCUUCUUUCAGCGUGUAAGAAACACUUUCACCCCAACAGAGAGAUUUCGGUGGAUGAGAGAAUUGUCGCUGCCAAAGCAAGGCUAGGACUAAAGCGACGUAUGAAUGACAAAACAACUAAAUGGGGUUACAAACUCUUCAUUCUAGCCGAUUCGUUGUGCGGUUACACCUGGAAUUUCUUCGUGUAUGAAGGAAAGACGUCUACGUCAUCUAGUAAAGGUGUCGGGUACGAUUCGGUAAUGAGACUCCUCGAUCACAAAGACCUCGGCAAAGGUUAUAGGUUAUACACAGACAGUUUCUACACCACCCCGACUCUUGUCUUGGAUUUGUUGCAGAACAGUAUUCUCGCUUGUGGCACUUUGCGUCAAACCUCAAGUUUACCGGAGACCAACGACCUAAGCGAAAGAUCUGAAAGAGGAUCCAUCCGCUGGUGUCGACAAGGUCCUCUUCUGUUUGUCAAAUGGAUGGACAUGAGAGAAGUCCUCAUGUGUUCAACAAUUCACAAGGCUUUCUCGGAGGAUACAGUCCCCAGAAACGCCAAGGGUGUCGAUGGGGUGUGGAAACCACGUCCAAUCCCUGUUCCCUCUGCUGUGAAGGACUACAGCAAAUAUAUGGGAGGUGUUGAUCUCUCGGAUUGCCUUUUAGAGUAUUAUAAUGUCCUCCACAAGUCCACAAAUUGGUACAAGGCCUUCUUCUUCCAUUUUCUCGACAUCGCAGUGGUCAAUAGUUUCAUCCUCCACCAAAAUUUGGCGAAAGCGAAGAUCAAGACCCCUCUCACCCAUAAAUUGUUCAGGGAAGCACUUGUGUCAGAGUUGGCAAGUGUUGGCCGAGGGAAAGGUCCCCGGACAUCUGCAUCCAAAGAGUCCAAAAGAAAGUCGGCAUAUGUGCCUUCCAGCCCUGUCGAAUCGAACAUCUACUCGCCAUCAGACACAGAGUCGCCUCCCUCGCCCGCACAGACGGAGCAAUGCUAUCCGGAGUAUUUCGGUCCAGAUGCUUCGUAUGGGAGGAAAUUAUGCGCCAUGUGCAAAGUACAAGGAAGUAAAGUCAAGACUCCCAUUUACUGCUCCCACUGCAAGGUGGCAUUGUGCUUCGUUUCGUCACGUAAUUGCUUCAGGAAAUGGCACAUAGAGGGACAUGAGGAAGAUUCGUAGACAUGUUGCAUGUUUGGUGUUUUUUUAGCCUUUAAUGACCAUUUUGUAUGAACUUGUUACUUGUAUAGGUAUGACUGUAUUAAAUACAACUAAAGCGAUAUAGUCUCUUGUUUUUCUUGUUGUAGCCUAUUUAUUAUACAGUGCAUGCAUGGGCACUGCUAAAAUCCAAUGUUCAUUUUCAAAAGAAAUGUUUACUAGUAUUUAAAGACCAAGAGUCUUUUUGUACAUUAAAAUACCUUCUCGGAUCACUGUUCAAUGUGCUUGAUUAUAAGUUGCUAUACGUUUAUUUUUAUAUUUUUAAUUUUAAUUUUAAAGUUUUAAUAAUUUAGUUUACGUUUGUCUGUAUAGAUAUUUUUAUUUUUUUAGUUUAAACAAAAGUGAGAAAUGCCUUGGCAACUAGAUAAAAUGUGUAGUUGAUAAUGAUAGAACGUUUCCAUUUACGUGAUUUCAGUUUUGGUUUACUAUAAUAAAAGUUUAAAUUGAUCA